CUGUGAUUGGUGCUCUAUGGUCAAGCUCGGUUGCACGGUCAGCAAUGCGGAAGACGUGGGUUCAAUCCCAGAGAGGGAGAGGAUGUCCCGGAUAAGUGUGCUUCUGCUCCCGUUGCUGAUCGCCGUGCUCAGCCUGGCCACAGUCGUCUUCAGCCUUGACAAUGGCCUCGCAAUCACCCCCAUCAUGGGCUGGCUGCACUGGGAGAGGUUCCUCUGCAAUGUCGACUGCCGGGAGGAUCCACACAACUGUAUCAGUGAGAAGCUCUACAUGCAGAUGGCUGACAUCAUGGCAACAGAAGGCUGGAAGGAUGUUGGCUAUAAUUACGUUUGUGUUGAUGACUGUUGGCUCGCAAGCACACGGGAUGCCAACCAUCGCCUGCAGCCCAAUCCCAAACGGUUUCCAAGUGGGAUGAAGAAACUCGCAGACUAUAUCCAUUCCAAAGGCCUGAAGUUUGGCAUCUAUCAGGAUGUGGGGACCAACACUUGUGCAGGGUACCCAGGCAGUUAUGGCUACUAUGAACUGGAUGCUCAGACCUUUGCUGAUUGGGGGGUGGACCUCCUGAAGUUUGAUGGUUGCAACUUUAUCAAUUUGGACAUCAUGAUUGAGGUCCGACAGUUGAGGAAGGGAGAAAACAUGAAGGAGAAAGAAGUAGAAAACUUUGAGAAAGCACGAACUGCAGAUGCUGGAGUCAGAUACAAUACAAUGUGGAGCUGGAGGAACACAACAGGUUACAAGAACAUGUCGCUGGCCUUGAAUAAAACUGGGAGAGAUAUUGUAUAUUCCUGCGAAUGGCCUUUCUACCUGUGGCCUUUCAAGGAGCCCAAUUACACAGAUAUUAAGAAAUACUGCAACCAAUGGAGAAACGAUGGUGACAUCAAUGACUCGUGGGGGUCUGUGAAAACUAUCAUAGAUUGGACAGCCAAUCAUCAGAGUCUCAUUGCCCCAGUAGCAGGUCCUGGAGGCUGGAAUGAUCCUGACAUGUUGGUGAUUGGUAACUUUGGGCUAAGCAGAGACCAGCAGAUGACCCAGAUGGCGCUGUGGGCUAUCAUGGCAGCUCCACUCUUGAUGUCGAAUGAUCUUCGGAACCUUGACGCAGACUCCAAGGCUUUGCUUCAGAACCAAUACGUCAUUGCCAUCAAUCAGGAUCCUCUGGGUGUUCAGGGCCAGCGAGUGAGCAAACUACGUAACUUUGAGCUGUGGUCUCGGCCCCUGGCAGGCGGAGGAUUUGCGUAUGCCACUAUCAAUCGGGCUGAGACUGGGGGCCCACAGAAGUUUUCCAUCGUUGUUUUUGGCCUAGACUCUGGCAAGGCCUGCCAAAAGGAGUGCCUCGUCAUACAGAUCCUGCCGGCUUUCCAGUUCCAGGGUAUCCACAUCCUGACCUCGGUGCUCGAGUUCUGGGUCAAUCCCACUGGCACCGUCCUCUUCACUGUCUACCCUCACAACACAGGUUCUUCAGCCAAUAUGGAAGAACAAUUCAGGUUGUGAGCUGUGUUUUGUGGAAUCUUAAUUCAUCAACCUGCUGCUGCUACUGGUUCUCAGAACAGUCUCAAAGACUUUGUCCAGUGCAUCAGAGUAGAUCAAUUUAAAUGUAAUUCCACUAGUGCACAGGUUUUUUUUCUUUUCGCCGUAUUCCCUCAUCGGCUUUCCUUCUUUUCCCCAUAUUUCCUCAUCCCACACAGGCUUUCCUGAUUGCAACCCAUACCCCUGUGAAACCAAAUUUUCAUCAACACCACCUCCAUGUUUCACUAGCUCCUCCUGAAUACUUGGGUCUCUUAUCCUUGUUGCGUACCUUGCACACGAGAAAUAAACUGAAGCAUUUGUUGCUGUUUUGUGGACAGCCCCCCUGGAGCAUGGGGGUGGAGGUGCAAUGGUGUUUGAUCUGAGAACAGGUUUGAGUUUUAACGUCACUUUGCCAGCCCUUGCCUUUCAUAUGCUCUAGCUGUGUAGACAGCCCAGAAAUCAAACACUGCACAGUAAAUAAUUACUUGAGAGUCAAGAAACUUCUUCAGCUAAGUCCUGAAACUAGAUAUCACUCUGGAAUCCAUUUACUAAUGCCCACCAAGUCAUCAUUCCUCCAAUUAACGAGCAUGAAUACUCAAGUGAACAGCUCAUACACUUAAUGUUCUCCUGUGUUACUUGUAUGUCACUCCUAUUUUGUAGAAUCGGAAUCAAAUAGAAGUUUGCCGAUGACAGCUAUCACACCACCCACACAUCCAAUUCUGGGUUAUGGCAACUGUUCAGAAUCAGCUCUAGUAACUCAGGUCUCUGCUGCUGCCUCAAUUUGUGGGCAGCUAUUAAGUGAUUUGGAUGAUUUUGGACAAUCUAUAGUUUUACUAGGUAAGAUUUAUUUUCUCAAAUGUCAUUUGGUAAUUUAAGUAUGAAUAGCUGUCUCUUAUAACAGGGAUUUUUAAUCUGCUUUAUUAAAUUAUACAACCUCCACUCUU